AUGACUAUCAUACCUCAAAUUCAGAAGAAGCCGCAGAAGGUCGCCAUCAUCGGUGCUGGUGCCUCUGGCUUAAUAACAGCGAAGGAGCUGAGAGAUUUGGGAGACAUACAAGACAUCACGAUCUUUGAGAUUCAGCCAAAACUCGGUGGAGUUUGGUAUACCACAGAGGAUCGCGGCGAAGAUCUAGACUUAUCAAGCUCAUCUCAACCUCGACGUGAUCCUUACGAAUGGCCUUCAAGCUAUCCAGGAAUGCGUGUAAAUGUACCGCUGAAAAUCAUCGAGAUGAGAGACUUUCCUGCUCCGACCGUACCACAGCUAUUUCCAUCUGCCGACGUGAUACGAGAGUAUUUAGAAGCUUACGCUAGAGCCAGGGAUAUAUACCGCCUUAUCUCAUUCAAGUCGAAGGUUGAGCAUGUCCAAUGGAACGCUCCAGCGCAAACGUGGACCUUAGUAUCCCGUCAUAUGGGUGAUGGAACUUUGGAGAGCCACACGUUUGACUCCAUAGUGGUCGCAAAUGGGCAUUAUGCAGUACCAAGUAUUCCUCGAAUACCUGGUGUGGAGGCGUUCAAAGCACGAUUUAUACAUUCUCAUGAUUAUAAAAGAGGAGAAGAUUUUUCACAGCAGAAUGUCUUAAUUAUUGGAAGUGGGACAUCAGCUAUGGAUAUAGCCCGUGGUCUCAUGGUACAUGGGUCCAAGAUAUGGGUCUCAUUAAAAUAUACCAAGUCCUGGGAGAUGGAGCAAUUAGACCAGCUAAUUCAUGCGACAAAGGCGUCCAUCACCAAAGUGCCCCAAGUAUCAGAGUUCAGAGAUGGUGCAGUAAUUCUUGUCGAUGGUCAGGAAUUGCUUGAUAUUGAAGUUGUCAUAUUUGCAACUGGUUAUAUUUUUGAGUUUCCAUUCCUGAGAAACGGUGGUCCGUUAUCGGAUUACUGGGUUCAUAAACCAGACGAAGAGUACGCCACGUUGAUUGCUGAGGGAACGGGAUGCAAUGUCGUCAAUUUAUGGAAGAAAGUCGUAUACGCCUACAAUCCAACGUUGGUGUUUAUUGGCCUGCCACUUAAAGUGCUUUCAUUUCCACUUUUCGAAAUCCAGGCGGCCUUGGUAGCUAAGCUAUGGAGCCAGCAAAUUCAGAUUACACCAAACACUAUCUCUGAAAUUGUAGAGAUUGAGGAAGCCGAUGCUAAACAUUAUGGAGCUUCAAAUCGAAAUGAGAAGGCAGCAAUGGUUAUGACAUUAUUCCAGACGGAAUAUCAAGACGAUCUUUCAUCAUUUUUGGGAAUCUGGAAGUAUGAUUAUUCUAGAAGGAAGGAGUUUGAAACUCCUCAUUUACUGUUUGAGGCCAGAAACAAGGAGUUGUAUAAGUUGUAG